AGCCGGUGCGUGGGUGCGCGCGCACCGCGGGCGGGCCAGUGAAGCCGGCGGCCCUGGCACGUGAUCCCGGACCGGCUUGGUCGCUUGGUGGCUCCGUCCGUCUGUCCGUCCGCGGGUGCCAUCAUGGCGGACGCGGCCAGUCAGGUGCUCCUGGGCUCCGGUCUCACCAUCCUGUCCCAGCCGCUCAUGUACGUGAAGGUGCUCAUCCAGGUGGGAUAUGAGCCUCUUCCUCCAACAAUAGGACGAAAUAUUUUUGGGCGGCAAGUAUGUCAGCUUCCUGGUCUCUUUUGUUACGCUCAGCACAUUGCGAGCAUCGACGGGAAGCGUGGCUUGUUCACGGGCUUAACUCCAAGACUGUGCUCAGGGGUCCUUGGAACUGUGGUCCAUGGUAAAGUUUUACAGCAUUACCAGGAAUGUGACAAGGUGGAGGAGUCAGGAUCUGGAAAUGUACAGAAAGAAGUUUCAUCUUCCUUUGACCGAGUUAUCAAGGAGACAACUCGAGAGAUGAUGGCUCGUUCUGCUGCUACCCUCAUCACACAUCCCUUCCACGUGAUCACUCUGAGAUCUAUGGUACAAUUCAUUGGCAGAGAAUCCAAGUACUGUGGACUUUGUGACUCCAUAGUAACUAUCUAUCGGGAAGAAGGCAUCCUAGGAUUUUUUGCGGGUCUUAUUCCUCGCCUGCUAGGUGACAUCAUUUCUUUAUGGCUCUGUAACUCGCUGGCCUACCUCGUCAACACCUAUGCACUGGACAGUGGGGUUUCCACCAUGAAUGAAAUGAAGAGUUAUUCCCAAGCUGUCACAGGAUUUUUUGCCAGUAUGUUGACCUAUCCCUUUGUGCUUGUCUCCAAUCUUAUGGCUGUCAACAACUGUGGGCUUGCUGGUGGAUGCCCUCCCUACUCCCCAGUAUAUAAUUCUUGGAUAGAUUGCUGGUGCAUGCUACAAAAAGAGGGAAAUAUGAGCCGAGGAAAUAGCUUGUUUUUCCGGAAGGUCCCCUUUGGGAAGACUUAUUGUUGUGACCUGAGAAUGUUAAUUUGAAGAUGUGGGGCAGGGACAGUGACAUUUCUAUAGUCCCCGAUGCACAGAAUUAUGGGAGAGAAUGUUGAUUUCUACACAGUGUGGCGUGCUUUUUUAAUAAUCAUUUAAUCUUGGGAAAAUGGA